CUGAAAAACUGACCCCCUUUUCACUUCAUACAGUGGCUUUAACACCCCCCCCCCCCGCCCAAACUCCGUAACCCAAUCCACCUCUGCAGUAGUAGUAUGUAGAGAGAGCUAUAGAGUACAGAGGGUUUGAAAAAUCACCAUUGAUCAAAUCAUAAAGACUGAGUUUGCAAUAAAUGCAAGCUAAAAACCAGUAGCUGUUUUCAUCUGCCUGGUUUUCUUUUAACACCCUUUUCAUUCUUGUUUCUGAAUAUUCACCAAAAAUGGCUGGUUAAAUCUUGAACACUUCAUUUUUUUUAAUACUGAUUAUGGGAUGUGUUCUUGGAAAAAUAGCUGCCGGAAAAUCCCGCCGGGGAACCAAGAAUUCGAAUGCUUCCGAUGGUGUUGGGGUUCCGGAGGUUGAUGCCAAGAUCACUCAACCUCCACCGACGGCGCCGGCGCCGUCAGUGCCGGAGUAUUACAGUCACAGAAUAUCGGGAAACUCGUUCAAGAUAAAUCAGCAGCAAGGGUGGCCGGCGUGGCUUGUUGCCGUCGCCGGAGAUGCAAUAAAAGACUGGACUCCUCGUCGAGCUAAUACCUUCGAGAAACUCGAUAAGAUUGGGCAAGGAACAUAUAGCAAUGUAUAUAAAGCAAGGGACUUGAUAACAGGGAAGAUUGUUGCAUUGAAGAAAGUUAGGUUUGAUACAUUGGAGCCAGAGAGUGUGAAGUUCAUGGCAAGAGAAAUACUUGUUUUGAAAAAACUGAACCAUCCCAAUGUCAUCAAACUUGAAGGUUUGGUUACUUCAAGAAUGUCUUCUAGUCUUUACCUAGUUUUUGAGUACAUGGAGCACGAUCUCGCUGGACUAGCUGCUGUUCAAAAAGUCAAAUUCACUGAACCACAGGUAAAAUGCUACAUGAAACAGUUACUCUCUGGUCUAGAGCAUUGUCACAAUAAUGGGGUCCUCCACCGUGAUGUAAAAGGUUCCAAUUUGCUAAUUGAUAAUGAAGGGAUUCUGAAAAUAGCUGAUUUUGGGUUGGCUGCAUUUUAUGAUCCUGAACACAAGCAGCCUAUGACUAGUCGUGUUGUGACUCUCUGGUACCGCCCACCUGAACUUCUUCUUGGAGCUACUCGUUAUGGUGUUGGUGUUGACCUGUGGAGUGCUGGUUGCAUUUUAGCUGAGUUACUAGCAGGGAAACCAAUAAUGCCAGGCCGAACAGAGGUUGAGCAACUCCACAAAAUAUUUAAGUUGUGUGGCUCUCCAUCCGACGAAUAUUGGAAGAAAUUCAAGUUACCAAAUGCUACUCUUUUUAAACCACAGCAACCUUAUAAACGCUGCAUUGCCGACACAUUCAAGGAUUUUCCACCCUCUUCACAUCCUCUGGUUGAAACACUUCUUGCUAUUGAUCCCGAUGAAAGAGGCACAGCAACUUCAGCUUUGAACAGCGAAUUCUUUACAACUGAGCCAUAUCCUUGUGAGCCUUCAAGUUUGCCAAAGUAUCCUCCGAGCAAGGAAAUGGAUGUAAAACUGAGAGACGAAGUGGCCAGGAGGCAAAGAGGUUUGCACGGAAAAGCUCAAGCUGUCGAUGGCACCAGGAAGGUGAGAAUUCGUGAGAAAGUUAGCCGCGCAAUUCCAGCUCCAGAGGCAAAUGCAGAGCUCCAACCAAACUUAGAUAGGUGGAGAGUGAUGACACAAGCCAAUGCUAAGAGCAAGAGUGAGAAAUUUCCUCCGCCACAUCAAGAUGGAGCAGUCGGAUACCCUCUUGAUGCAUCACACAACGGUCCUGUAUCAUUCAGUGUAGCUGAUGCUUCUUUUACUUCAUCAAAUUUUGAUCCAAAAUCACGAUCUUCGAGAAGUACAAAAACUACAGCUGGGACGUCGAGGCAGAGGAGAAAUAAGAAAGAAGAGCCUCACAUGGCUCCUUCACGUAAGCUUAUCCAUGCAUUCCUUCCAUCUUCUGUUAGGCUAUCUAUAGAUAUGAGACUGAGGGGUAGAGCUUCUGUUUCGGAGACAUUUAGUCACCAUAGAUGAGAGGAAGAUUCCCAAAGCAAUAAAUUUUGUGGCUUCAAAGGGGAUUUUCUUUCCUGUUUUCGGUACAUGCAGCCUCCCUUUUGCUUGUUAUUGUAUUCCAUGUAAUUAUUCUACAGUUUUGUGUAUGAUUCGAAAUAGAUGUAUCACAUGGAUUUGGGGUUAUAAUUUACACCCAACAUCCAUUGUAUAGUUGCAACUCAUAAUCUGAUUGCAGCCUUUACGUUGUUGUUCUUUGUC